AACAGAAAGUUCUCGAAAGAUCAGUCGAUGUGCAGCAAGAGAGGGAGAAAGAGGGAGAGGUCUGCGCCAGCAACUUGAUUUCAUCACAAGCACGAUCUGCGAAGGGGUGAAUCUUCGCAAGUUCACCAGAACUCGGAGAAUCAAGAUGUGCUUGGUUCUUCUGGUACUCCUGAUUGUGUUGUACAUGGUGACUCUAAGCAUCCUGACAUUUGGUCCAAUGCCCAUGAUAAUCGCACCACAACAAAGCCAAAUUUCAUCGACAACGCAUUACUUACGUCACUUCCGCUCGAUAUUUAUACUUGAUGUUGCAAAUCAUGACCUGGCGCUUAAUCGUCAAGGGAACCCCCUUAGUAUAUUCUCCUCUGAUGUAAGGACUGACAGUAGAGCCUCUGCUGUUAACAAUAAGUUGAUUGUAUGGUACAACAUGCCUUACUGGAUUAGGAAUAGGUCGGAUGCUGAGUUGUUUGGCCACUGUCCAGUCAGCGCGUGCAACUUGUCCACAAACUAUGGUGCGGAUAGAGCAGCUGGCGACGCUGUGGUGUUUCACGGCGCUCCAUUAGAGAUACCAGUGCCACCUCGAGCUUUUCCUGACCAGGUGUACGUCUUCUUCAUGUUAGAACCGCCGCCGAAACUUUGGUUUGGAGAGCAAAAAAAUUUUUCAUGGAACUCAGCUUUUAACUGGACAUGGGGCUACAGGCAUGACGCAGAUAUAAUAACGACAUACUUUUAUCUGGAACAUUCCAAGCAGUUGCCAAAUAUUAGUUUCCUAAAAGAUUUAGUUCGAAAGAAGGAAAAGGCUGCAGCAUGGUUUGUUUCUAACUGCGACGAACAAGCCCAGCGACUACGUUACGUUGAGAGACUGAAGGAAGUUCUCCCUGUGGACGUAUAUGGAGCGUGUGGGACUCUGCACUGCACAACCUGGGCCACAGAAUGCGACACCAUGCUUACCGAGUAUUUUUUCUAUCUUUCCUUCGAGAACUCUUUUUGCCAGGAUUACGUGACAGAGAAGUUUUCUCGAGCCUUCUUGAAGGAUGUGUACGUGGUUCCUGUUGUGCGCGGCGGGCUGAACUAG